UUUUAAAAAUAUUUUGUAUAAUAAAUCUAAUGAAAAUAUUUUUGUAUCAAUAUCUAAUAUCAUUUGUUUUUAGUUUGAAGUCAAAAUUUACAAAUUUAGACAAAUAAAAAUAGACAAAUAAUGAGGGAAGUAGGUCACAAUUUUUCUUUUUUUUUUUGGCAAUCGAGUGACCUCUUAAUUUUUCUUUACGGUUCCGUUUCCAAUCCAGGUCUUCCAGUUCAAGGCUUGAUUUCCAUUGUUCUCUCUACGAUGGGUUCCGGGUCCAUAGACGAAAUGGGUGUUGAGUUAGGGCCUCCAUCACGCAUGGAUGUUCAAGAGUCAGGCUCUUCGGGGAUUGAUGAUGCUGAUUCACGGUCUUCUUCUGAGAUGAAUGGUAUGCCAGAGUAUCCGUCAAAGAAGCAAAAAAUUGGUGAAGAUGGGAUGGAUCCCAGGCUUUCCUCUUGGAACAAUAUACCCUUGUUUUUCGAGUCCAUGGAAGUUGAGUUGGGGUCUCAAUGCAUGGAUGUUCUAGAGUAACUGCAUGCUCCGAGCUGUAUUCAUCGAGAAACGACUUUGAGAUGGUUGUAGUUGCAAAGAUGAACCAAUUGGCCAAUUACGAAGUGUUUUUCAAUCACUUUUUGUCGGGAUUCCCCACUCCAUGUCUUGUAGUACCAUUCGAAGACUCGGAGCGCCGUGACUUUAUAUGCAAAUACCUUGACCUCCAUGCAUGCUAUGACAUAGGAUGUCUCAUUUUGG